AUGUUCCACCGUAACGAUUCGAACGAAAUUGUGAGGGACAUCACGAAGGAUGACAACUGGAGCCGGUCAAAUAUCGCUCCUGGUGCGGCAACGAGCGGCCGACGGAGGCCUGCAGUUGAAGACUCCGACGACAUAGAUGAAUAUCAGGAGCAAGAAGAAGAUGACAUAUACUCUGAAGAGUACCGUGCCAAAGCUCGGGAAGCCUUGAAGAAUCAUAACUUUAGAACGACUUUUAUGACAGCCACGACUUUGGCAGCUUUCGAGAACUCGAGGCAAGCCAUUCAGGCCGAGUACGACAGCCUUAUGGAGAACAACACGUGGGAGGUUGUAGAUCUUCCAGCAGGGAGGAAAGCCCUUACCACGAAAUGGGUUCUCAAGAAGAAGCUCGGUGCCCAUGGCGAGCUCUUGAAAUACAAGGCCAGGAUGGUAGCACGUGGCUUUCAGCAGGUCGAGGGCUACGAUUAUACGGAGACGUACUCUGGAGUAGUGAAAGCAUCAGCCUACCGUCUACUAUUCGCGCUAACGGUGCUGAACAAGUGGACCUGUCACCAGAUGGACGUUAGCACAGCAUUCUUGAACGGUGAGGUCUUCGAGGACAUCUACAUCUACCCACCUCAAGGAUACCCCCACCCCGGAAAAGUUUUACAACUUCGAAAGGCUCUCUACGGGUUAAAGCAGUCACCCCGACAAUGGUACAGAAAACUGAGACAGUGGCUCCUAGACAACGGCUAG